AUGAGCUCCUACUGUGGCCUUCAGGGAUCGUAUGUUGCGGCGGGAAACGGUCGUAUGAUGCCCAAAUCGACUUAUGUUCAACCGCAGGCAUCGACCCGUUCGUUCGAGGAUGUUGAGGAUGACGAGAUCACGGAUACCAUCGAACAGCCGAUCAAGGUGAAUGUUGGUGGGGAUGUGGUGAGUAGAAGUUUUUCCUUAAUUUUGAUAUUUAUUGCUAUUUAGGUAGUUUUUCUAAUUUUUCAACAGUUAUUUCAUAAUUUUCGAGCUUUUUUGACCUUGUUUUAGCUAUUUUAUCAAUUUUCAGGCUCAUGAGAAGACCAAGAAACCAAAAACCGCGUCAAAGCCAUCAAAAGUUUUUGCGAAGCCAGCCCAACCCGUCUUGAAGCCAGUCCAACCCGUCUUUAAGCCAGCCCAGUGCAACAACGGCUUCGUCUACUCUCUCUACGCUGAUCAAGGGCUGGGCGAUCGAAACGCCUUUGAACAGCCACCUUCAGAUGCCGAGGACGAAGGCACCGUGACUCCAGUGAACGACGAAGACAAUUGGGAGCGUCAACGCUUGGAAGAGGAAGCAGAUCAGGCCUUGAAGAACUACGAGGACAUCAAGAAACGACUAAUCGAGCUGGAGCUGAAGGGGAGAUCGAGCACGAAGAAGGUGGGCUUCAGAAGUGAGCGGGAAGUGGAAUCUCAGUCUAGCGUCAAGGUAGAGCCAGUUCAGUAUCACGUGGAGCAAAAGCCGUCUGUCAGACAGGAUUAUGGAGAUGCUGAGUCAAUGUACAUUGGCAUUCCCAAUACGAUGUACGCGGCCAAGAAGCAGCCCUCCAAAGAUUAUCACUAUGAACCAGCGACCGCUGCUUCAGCUCCAUCAGUCGAACCUUUGACUUCGACCGAAUUGGAGUCUAACCACGAUGCUUUUAGUCAUUAUCACCUACCUUCACUCAGAGACGUCUAUUACUGCGAAUAA